GAAAGUGAGAGCGAGACAGCCAUCGCGAGGGAAGUUUAACGGGCUGAAUAAUGGACAAGGUCAGUGAACGUCACACCAAAACUGUGAGCGGCGUGUUGAGUGGGACCUGAACUUGGUCUAUACCUUUUUGAAAGCGUCUCUCAUCUCUCUCUCAAACGUGCAAUCCCUUUGAACCAUUUCAGAUACAAGUAUAAACUACAAAAAAUGUCAGCUUUCGGCAACAAUGAAGACACAGCUGGGGCUAAUACGCCAUUUGCACAACAACGGCUUGUCAGUGAGACAUGCAUGGAUCUAUUACUAAUUGAGAUGGUCGAUACGAUAUGCCGAACGACGGUCGUUGAAAGCGAAGCCGACAGUGAAGCUAUGUUUUUUAAACUCGACAGUCUUGGCUAUGCAGUUGGACAGCGUAUGGUUGAGCGAUUCACAAAGGACCGGCCGCGGUUCGCAGAUACCUUGGAUGUCGUCAAGUUCAUUUGUAAAGACUUGUGGUCCAUUAUGUUUAAAAAGCAGAUUGAUAACUUGAAGACGAAUCAUCGGGGCGUCUAUGUACUCCAAGAUAAUAGUUUCCGAUGGUUCAUGCGCAUGUCGACGGAUAUCGGAGGUGCGGAUUCGGCAAAGAAAGCCACACCAUAUAUAUGGUUCCCAUGUGGUAUAGUUCGAGGGGCACUGGCGAACCUGGGUGUUCCGAGUGUCGUCGUCGCAGAAACUUCCAAUCUUCCACAAUGUACUUUCCAGAUCAAACUUGCAAAAUAAAAAGUUGGGGAGAACUUGGAGGAGCAAACCAAUGGAUCAACUUUCCUUUAUACAUCUUCAUGUGUAAUUUUUCCCUUUUGUCGGUUAUUGACGAUUUAUGGUUAGCGUAUAGUGUGAGUGACAGAGUGGCUGGUGGCACUAUAGUUGGUAUCGCAAAUGGUCGAUUUCGAUAAUUUGUUAUUUUUCUUCUUUUGUACAUACAUACCUUAACCUUUCUCUCCAGAAAUAUAACAAGAAAAUAAGCAGCUACAUGGAAAGGAGC